AUGAAGAGGGUUUGUAACUUCGUUGCGGAGCGCCAGAUGGAACUCGCCGAGGAGGCAUUGAUGUGGGCAUACCCUACUGGGUACCCACCAUUCGUUACCAUACAUGAUGCGGUUCAACCAGAGGCCCACGAAGCCCACGAACCUGUUCUGAGCCCGAUUGCUAUGGAGGAUACGGGAAUCCACUUCUCGUCCCUGACAGUCCACGAGGACGAGAUCUCGACGAAGGAGGACGAGGUCUCAUCGUUCACGGAGGAGGAGUUCCUCUACUCGUCGUCGGAGUCGGAGUCGUCUUCGUCGUGGUCGGAGGAGGACGAGGAGUACGACGACGAUGACGAGGUCGUCCGGUCGCCUGCCCACCCCUACGACCUGGACUCUCUUCCCAAGUCGGUCCUCCUCGACGUCCGGGCCUACUUCGACGACCGCACGAACGCCAGCACUGCCUCCGCCCCGUUGUUGAAGAAGCACCGCAUCCAGGUGACCUUGUGGACGGCCCACCCGCCGCGCGUCUCCCUGCUGACGGUCCACUCCAGCGGCGUGGACGCCAAAGAGUUCACCAGGAUGCCCAUGGUGGUCGCCUCUCAGGACGACGUGGUCCUCCUCCGUGUCACCAUUGGCCCUCACGACCGCCUCGGCCCCAGCCGCUACGUCAACAAGUACUAUGUCUACAAGGCGGGCGUGGAGCCAUCUCUUACCCUGCUCCCCGACGCCAGCUCCUUUGUGAUUGCCGACUGCUCGGCCGGCAUCCUGCGCCUUGGAGACGGCGGCGGGUUCGUCAUCGCCGCGAUCCACUGGGCAGGCACCCACGGACAGUACGACCUCCACCAGUUCGACUCCAGGACCUGGUCAUGGAGCACCAGGCUGAUGCAUGCCGAUAAGCCGGAAAGGUUCACGCGCAUCCUUACCAGCAAGGUGCUUGUGAUCGGAGGCAAACAUGGUUUGAUCGCCUGGGUCGACUUAUGGAACGGUAUUCUGUUCUGCGAGGUGUUCACUGACCGCACCGUUCUCCGCUACUGUCCGCUGCCGCCUGCUUUGAACAAGGAGCGCACAGGCCCUCCAGAGCAUGUUCGAGACAUCGCCGUCGUCGAAGGCCGUAUCAAGUUCUUCGAGAUGCGGCUAAAGGUCAAGCAGCGCCAAAUCGGCUACAACACCACUUUGACUUCCAGAUAUUUGGUGGCCGCCACAUGGACAAUGGCCGACCCUUGGCGGGAGUGGCAGAAGGAUCGCGCCCUCGAUAUAUUCAAGAUACCAGUAGACAAGAGUUAUUCUGCAUUGAUUUCUAAUAUACUACGGAAUUGCCAGGAUACUCAGAUAGCCUUGGAGGGACUCGAGGAAGGUCUCCCUGCUCUGAGCUUGCAUGAGGAUGAUGUUGUUUACAUCAUGGCCAAGACCAAAGAGAUGAACCGCAGGGCGGUUGUGCUUGCUCUGAACUUGAGGAAGAAGGUCCUUCAAGGAGUGGCUAAGUUUGAUGCGAAAAGAUCAUAUGGCUUCAGUUACACCUACCUUCAAAGUGAGAUCUCCAACUAUAUGACCAUUGAGUCGUCUGUCAGGAACAGAAUUACAACAUAUUAUGAAAUAAACUUGAACUCCAGAUUCCAAAGGGAUGGAACAAACAUCCUGACUUCGCAAGUUCAGAAGGACUGCUUCUUACACAAGCAGGUAACAUGUACAAAGCGAAUGCGGUUGAUUCUAGCAGACGUCCAGUUACACAAGCAGGUGACAGGUGCAAAGGGAAUGCUGAUGACUCUGGCUGGGUUCAAAUGGUCAUUGCAAGCAGCAAAAGUUUGUGAACAUGAGAUCCUUGGUGCUUAUCAAGAAUAUCACCCUCUUAUCCCCGUCCUGUAG